CUGAGAAUUCUGAGCUUAAAAUCAAAAUAGUAAAAUUGAGCUGUGAUUUUGAGGAAAUAAGAUCAAAGGGAGUAAUCAUUGAUUUUCCGGAGCAAUUGCCAAUUUCCGAGAAAAAGAUGGUAAGUGUUUCUACUGAAAUGAAAAAUUUUAAUGAUACCCCCGAACAGAUAGACUUACAAAUUGAGGAUGUUUUGACAUCAGAUAUAUCCGAUAACACUUCAAAUUCUGACGUUAGCCUACCUCUGAUUGAUAAUACUUCUGAACAGAUAGUCUCACGUAAUGAGGAGUCUAACACAUCUAGUCACUCUGUGUUUGCCUCCAGCAACUCUGAUAUAUAUCAGGAUUCAGUAACCCUCACAUCUCCUAUUCCCUCAGAAACUAUAUCAUUGGAAGAGAAGGAAGAAAAUGAAUUUCUGGAUUCAAUGUAUAAGGAACAGGUCAGUAAAGAGAUAAUGAAGAGAAUUAGGGAGAAGAAACUUCAAGAUCAAGAGGCACUCUCAACUCCUGAGACUAAUACUCCUGAUAUUUCACAUGAGCAAAGUUUAAUACAAGAAAAAUGCCAAGAAAUUUCUGUCACGAAACAGAUUACGGAACAUCAAUUAUCUCAAGUUACAACGCAGAGAUUGGUUCGUUUAUUUCAAAAUGCAAUACGGGUUAGACAUGAAGAAAUUUUAUCUUGGUACCAUUACUCUGAUAAUUUUGAAAAUAAAGUUAUCGAAAUUUGCUGUGAGACUGGAGUUACAGAUAAAACUGCUAGAACACAAUUAUACAAGGAAAUGUUAAACCAUCUACCUGGUAUUACAUCAGGAAACUUGCGUAUGAAAAUUUUAAGAGUCAAGAAAAUUCGGAUGUUAUUUGGAAAAGAUGGAGUUGGAAUAGAAAAAAUUAAGCAAGUUACCUACAACUAA